AUGUGUGGACCGGCCCGAGCAAGCUCCGGCCAUAGAAUUGCCAUUAUGUUCCCUUCACCAACAUCAUCGCCAUCAUCUUCACUAUCAUCGUCACCGUCAUCCUCGCCAUCACCAUCCCCAUCGCCAUCAUUAUCACCAUCUCCAUCUCUAUCAGAUUCAGACUCAGAACCCUACUCCCUCUUCUUCCGACAACCCACACCAGAAAGCCCUGAGCACACAAGUGCCGUCUUCCAGAUCAAAGACUCUAGCACAAUCAACACCUUCCGGUCAUGUCAGGCGAUCGAUCUACGAAUCGAACGACACGGAGAUUUGACCCUCUCGUCAUCGAUCCAUCCGCCUCUGCACCAAUUCCAGCUCCGUCCGUUAUUAUCCUUCCCAUCAAAGGCGGAGCUAGGUAUGAAUGAGACUGGGAACGAGAUCGAGUUCAGCCUCCCCGAGAGACUGGAUCUGAAUAUUUCGGACCGUGGGAUUGUUGGGAGGCAGGUUACGGUUGUUGCGAGGGGUGGGAAUGGCGAGGUGCUGAGAAUGGGGAGGGGAAUCGUAGGCUCUUCGUGUAGAUCAUCUAGUCUAUUCACUGGCCAGGUAUCAAGCCAGGCAGGCUAG